CAUAUAUUCAUAUACUUAUAUAUAUACAUAAGAUGUAUAUGACAUCACGUUCUUCUAUUAUCUGAAUAUAAAUUGAAGGUUAAAAAUUUAAUUCUCAUUUGUUUAAUAAAUUAUCAAUAAUGACAGUUUUUAAGUAAAAUUUCAUGAAUAUUAUGUUCUCCUUUUUCAACACUAAGUGAAAGCCAAAAUUUAGGCCUGAACCAAAUUUUUUGUGAUUUUUUUGUCAAACAUUACUUCAAAAUAAAAACUAAAUUAUAUACAAGUUUAUAAAUAAUUGUAUUGGUAAAUAGAAGAAAAUUUCUAAACAGUCAUAAGGAGGUUAACUUCCACUAAAAUUGCUCUGUCUUAUGAACUAAUUCAGUUGUUAUGGCCACACGACCCUGCCUACAAAAUUCUGAAAUAAAUAAUUUUCAGCAACGAAGAUAUGUCAUUGGAAAAAAAAUUGGACAGGGUACACAUGCUACAGUUCAUUUAGCAAAAUUUUUUGAUGGCAAUAGUACUAGAACAAUCAAACUGGCAUGCAAAAUUUUUGAUAAAGAAAAUGCUCCCAAAGAUAUCUUAAGAUGCUUUCCAAGAGAACUUGAAAUUCUCACAAAAUUAGACAAUCCGCAUAUCAUUCAUGUUCAUAAAAUUUUACAAAGAGGACCAAAAUUUUUUAUUUUUAUGCGAUAUGCUGAAAAUGGUGAUUUAUUGGAUUUCAUACAGCAAACUGGUCCAGUACCAGAAAAACUAUCAAAACUAUGGUUUCAUCAAAUGAUUUCAGGCUUGCACUAUCUUCAUAAAUUGAAUAUAGCUCAUCGAGACUUGAAAUGUGAAAAUAUUCUUUUGACUAAUAAAUUCCACAUAAAACUGGCAGAUUUUGGCUUUGCCCGCUACUGUGUGAAUGCUGAAGGUCGUCGGAUUCUUAGUCAAACUUACUGUGGGUCAGCUGCUUAUGCUGCUCCAGAAAUCGUUGCUAAUAUACCAUACAAUCCCAAGUUGGCUGAUGUUUGGUCUCUCGGAGUUAUAUUAUUCAUCAUGCUAAAUGGAAUAAUGCCAUUUAAUGAUAAGCAUUUACAUAAAUUGUUAAAAGACCAAUGGAACAAAAAGUGGGCAUUCCAACCAAAAAUUCGACAUUUAAUAUCUGCUGCAGCUAAAAAUCUUGUCAAGAAAAUACUCGAACCUGAUAUUACAUUAAGAUAUACAGUUGAUAGAAUCAUGUCCCACGAAUGGGUUUGCAUGAAAACAGAAAAAUGUUGUCUCAAUUCUGAAGAGAACUCUACACCAGUAGUUCAUCAUGAAGUAAUCACAAAAGUGAACUAUAAAUAAUAAAAAAUUAAAAUGAUUGCAUAAAUUACAUAUCAUUUGAUGAAUUUCCUUGAAUAUUCUGUAAUUUUGUCCACCAGGAAAAAGAAAUUCUCAAUGAAAAUGCUGUGUUUGACAUUGGUCCAUCUACCUGGAAAGUACAAAAUCAGCAACAAUUAUGUAUCAAAGGAUUUGGAGAAAAAUCAUUGAAAAACAGUGUUGGUUCACAUUCAAAAAGAAUAGAAUUUUCAAAAAAAGAAUGAGAACAUAUUUCGAGUAUAUUUAAUUAAUAAUUACAAAUAUUGUAUAAAAGCUUCUGAACGUUAAAUUUUAAUACUGUAUUUGACUCUUUAGUAAAUUAUAUUGAUGAUGUACAAACAUUUUUAUCAUGAUAUGUAAAAAUUUUAAUAAUUAUACAGAAUAUAAAUGAAAUUAGUUAUGAUUUAUUCAUUGUACAACUAUAUUCUAGAUUAAUAUACAAAACUAUAAUUUUUGGUUACAUGUAUUGAUGGUACAUGAUUAAUAAUAACUUGCAAUAUCGGGUAUGCAUCAUAUUCAUAUUGUAAAUAUACAUAUAAGAUAUUACAAUGAUUACAUUUUAGUUACAAGUCGGUAUAUGUGUGUGGUGUGUAAGUGUAUAUAUAUUUUUAUUUUUUACAAUAAAAUUAAUAACGAUUACACGUGCUCGCAAAUAAUCCACAUUCUUCAAUCGAAAUCAUUCAACAAGUAGCACCAUUCAAACGUUUAUAAAAAUGUAUACUAAUACACUCUCUAACCAAAAUAAAAUCAACUAUUGCUGUGUAGCAAGUUAUUCAGGAAACACUGACUAAUUUUUUAGUAAACUGUACUUUAAUAGUGAACACUUUAAGAUACAAAAAAUCAUCAUACUUCAAAAAAUAGUAUAUUAAUUUGAAUAAUGGAAGUCAAUCGCAGUGAAAUUCAAUAAAGACAUAACGAUAAAAUUUUAAGAACAGAUUGAAUGAGUACAUUUUUCUCAUUUUUCUAUUAGGCACUUAAUUCAUUUUAAAA